CAUGCUUUUUCAGAACAUUAUUUUUUCCUUUCUUUCUUUCCACGGAAACUCAAAAUAGCAGCUGAAGGAAAAAAAAAAACCCACUCUCCCUUCCUUUGCCUAUAAAACCAUCUCCAAGCCGUUCAGUGACCAUGGAGGGCUAUGGAGAAAAGAUUCUAGAACUGGCAGGCUCUGCAGUCAUUGCUUUUGGACUAUGGUUUCGUUUUGGAGGCACCUUCAAGGAUUUCUCAUUAGAGGACAAAAGUCCCGAGUAUUUCUAUGUGGGACUGUAUGUGCUGGUUGGAGCAGGUGCCCUAAUGAUGGCUGUGGGUUUCUUCGGAUGCUGUGGAGCCACACGAGAGUCACAGUGUGUGCUGGGAUCGUUUUUCACCUGCCUACUAGUGAUAUUUGCUGCUGAAGUAACUACUGGAGUAUUUGCUUUUAUAGGCAAAGAUGUAGCUAUCCGACAUGUUCAGACCAUGUAUGAAGAGGCUUAUAACGAUUACCUUAAAGACAGAGGAAAGGGAAAUGGAACACUCAUUACAUUCCACUCCACAUUUCAGUGUUGUGGGAAAGAAAGUUCUGAACUGGUCCAACCAACUUGCCCAAAGGAGCUUCUAAAAUAUAAGAAUUGCAUUGAUGAAAUUGAAACUGUUAUCAGUGUCAAACUCCAGCUUAUGGGAAUUGUCGGUGUUGGAAUUGCAGGUUUCACAGUCUUUGGCAUGAUAUUCAGCAUGGUACUUUGCUGUGCAAUACGAAAUUCACGAGAUCUGAUAUGAAGCUACUUCUACCUGAAAACUGCAGGCUAGAGCUUUCAUACAAUGUCAUUAGAGCUGUUUCCUAGCUCAUCCUUAAUAUUCAAAGGACAUUCAUAUCUGAAAUAACUUGCUGUUAACUGUACAUUUGCACAUGUAUGUUUUGCUUGUUACUGGUUGCUCUGUGAGUGAAUGCCUGUGUUUGGUGACUGAGAACAUAUUGAUGUGUGAACUACUUAUUUCUGGUAUAUGCACUAUACAGUAUAGUGAAGCCUGUUUGCUGGGAAUUACUAGUAAUUGUUAUGUGAGUGGAGUAGCCUAUUUAACUCUCAGCAGAAGAAUUUUUUUUAAGUUUUUAUAAACUUGAAAAUUUUGGCUAUAAAAAAAUAGCAGGUCAAUUUCUCAGGCUCUAGCCAUAGAAAGCUGGAUACAGAGAAUUAGGGAUUUCUGUAUUCACAGAAGCAAUAAGCUAUAGGAAUUGAGAGGUCAUAAGGCAGCUUUAAAAAUGUGUAUGAGUGUAGUGUAAAGGUUUCGUGGGGCUUUUUAGUAUACGUCAUUUCCCCAUAAUACAAUAAACUACAGUUUUAGAACACA